AUGCAGCGUGAACAAACAAUCGGAAAUUCGUCUGCAGAAUGUCGAACAGAUGAGGAGUUUUCUAGACAGUACACUACUGAGUCUAAAGUACAAUUAUCACAGUCACAACCGAAGCCAUUGCCAUUGCUAUUGCCAAGAGAAUCGCAGAGAACACCAACACCACCGCCAAGAUCAGAAACACCGACACCAACACCGACACCGACACCGCCACCAUCACCACCAUUGUCAAUAUCAAAACAAUCCGAACUAUCGAAAUCAGUACAGACUAUGACAUCAUCGACAACAGCUUUUAAAACUCCAGCAUUACUAAUACUGCCUGAAACAGAGAUACAAAAGUCGAGAGAAUCAGCGCCAAGUGUGUCAUCAACAAAAAUAAUAGCAGCAGCAGCAGCAGCACAGAAACACCCACCUGCAACACCAUAUGAACGAAUAGUGUGUAAUUGUUCAGUGAAAGCCAAUCACUGUCACUGUUCCAAUAGAAUAUGCACCACUUUCAAGCAAAUUGAACAAAUGCACUAUCCGUACAACUGUAAGCCAUAUAAAUAUAUUCUUUGUCCUGCAGAUAAAGGCUUACAACAGUGUGAUUGUAUAAUUCUGUGUAAUCAUCAUAACGGACUGAGUGUAAGUCGACAGUAA